AACGAUACCGAAGGCCGCAUGAACCACUCAUUCAUUUAGGUAUCGUGAGUGCAACACCUAAUGAUGGAUAUUAAACACGGUGGUGCUUUUAUCGUAGCGGCCCUGGCCCUAAUUUUACAGGUCGCUGGAGUUUUUGGUUACACGUCAGAGUCAGAGAGAAGUUUGUUCUCUAGAGCCGUGGAGACUACGGAUUUCAGUCCCGUCACUCAAAAAAUUAGUCAACUUAUAUGGAAGGAUGCAGCGGCCUGCCCAAUUGCAGCGGCUUUCGCUCAAAUCCGGCGUUUGAAUAACGAGAAAGCAGUUGAAAAUGCGCUGACCAAAGCUCUGAGUCUGGACCCAUCGAUCGUCGUGAAAGCCAAAGCAGACGGUGUGAGGGAUGUGAUCUGCGAAGCUUCUCAAAAGUUCCGGACACAGCUCAACGCGGCCGUGUCUUUUGCGAAGAGCACCGCCGAAGAGCCAAGGCCUGAAUUCACAGAAAUCGUGGACAACCCAUGGAUUAGCGAUGAGCAUUACGAGGACGCUAUAAAAAAUCUCAAGAAAGGUUACUCACAGACGAACUUCAAACAAGCGGCCGAGAGCGCGGACACGAAGAACCUGGGCCCCAGCCUAGACGACCGUAAGCUUGCAGCGUACAAGAAACUCACCGCGGUGCGCGUCGCCCUCCGGAGGGAGAUCCUCAAUAUCCAGAACGCUGCCGAUUACGCCGUCAACGCCCUGCAAGACGGAACUCAAGCCCUGAACAACAUCCGACAGGAGCUGAGCAGGACCCGACGGUUCCCGGAGAGCAUCGACAUGGACGAAUCCUCAGUCGCCCUCGCGCUGGCCGUCGGUCAAGAACUCGGCUGUGCCAAACCUGGGGAUCUUGGACGUAUCAACGGUGGGGUAGAUCCUAAACCAACUCCCAAAAAGGACGAUGAUGAUGGUCUUGGUCGAGUUUCCGGACCGCAAGGUGGUGAGGAGGAGGUGCUAGUUGGUGAAAAACCGGCCCUUAUCGGUGGAAAACUGGCCUGGAUGAGUGAGAAAAUGGGCGAGAGUGGUGAAAAAAAGACACCGAUCGCCGAAGAGAAAAAGCCUGGAGGGAGACAGCCCGCGGGAUUCUUCAGUAGGCGGAAACGAACUGAGACAAAACCAAUCACCCAUAAACACUUCGACGGUUGAAUAUUCGGCGGGAUUUGAGCUGUGCCUAAGGACGUGGAAAAGAAUUCGUACCGAGAGAUUGUACCACCAGACUUCGUAGUUUUUUAGAUGGAGGAACGUCACCCCAUUGCAAGGUUGCAAAACUGACUCGAAAAUUUGAUUUAAUCACGAGAAUAUCGUCGCUUGGCUGGCACAAGAGCGUAACUAGACAUUGAGAUGAACCCGGGAAAACAUUGAAUUGUACGGAAGACAGGGUUCAUUGCAGAGUGUAGUCACGCCCUUAUGUCAGGUAGGAGACGAUAAUAUGAUUGAGCGAUUUCUGUCCGGAUUUUUUUGUGUGAUCGGGAGGAUAAUCGAUCACCCAGAACGAUUCUCUUGUAAAAAUGAGAUUUGCGAGUAGAUGUUUUGCAACGCUGAAUUGCAGUGACGUUUUUUUCGUCUAGGAAACGACGACUGGUAAAAAAGUUUGAUAUGCGAGUACAGUGAAAUUUCAUGAAAUAAAAAGUGUUUUUUCGAAGAAA